AUGGCUCGCCUCCCGCCCGCCCACGUGGGCCCGGCCGCAGCCAAUCGCCGCGCGCGCCCGGGGGAGGUGGCGCCGUCGCCGUCGUCACCCGCGGAGGAGCCCCUCCCGGCCCGCGCGCGCCCCCGCCUGGAGCCCGGGACAGCCCGCGGGGGGGGGGGGCGGCGGCGGCGGCGGCGGCAGCCUAUGGGCCGAGAGCCCCGCCCGGCGGCGGGGGCGGCACUCUGCACAUGCCCCGGGGCUCCCUCCCCCUCUCUCGAGCGCCCGCCCGCCCGCCCCUCGGCCGGCCCCCUCUCCCGGCAUGCCCUUUCGCCAGGCUCCUCUGCGCAGGCGCGGGGCGGGAUGGCGGCGGCGGCGGCGGCGGCGGCUUCGGCGUGGGCUCCGGGGCGGCUGGUGCUGGAGACGCUGGCGGGGCUGGUUCGAGGCCCGGAGGCGGCGGGGGCGGAGGGCGGGAGCGCGGCGCCCCCUCGAGGGCUGCCCGGCCUGGUGCGCUGCGCGCGGGACAGCGGCGGGGGCGGCGAGGCGCUGGCGUCGCCCACCCUCGGCGGGCUGCUCGGGCUCAGCAGCGUCCGGCUGGGCUCGCUCAAGACCCGGUUCGAGGGCCUGUGCCUCCUGUCCCUGCUGGUGAGCGGCAGCAGCACCGGCUCCUUCGCGCAGAACUGCCUCGCCUGGCUCCGGAGCCUCCAGCAGGUCAUCCAGUCGCAGGACCCUCCCCCCACCACGGAGCUGGCCGUGGACAUCCUGCGAGACCUGCUGGAGUAUUCCUGCCAGCUGCCGGAACUGGCCCGAGAAAUCAGCACCAACCACAUCCCGGGACUGCUGACCUCCCUGCUGGCCCUCAAGCCCGAGUGCCAGAUGUCUGCUUUGGAAGGAAGCAAGGCCUGCAUGACCUUCUACCCACGGGCCUGCGGCUCCUUGCGAGGCAAGCUGGCAACCUAUUUUCUGGCCCGCCUGGAUGCGGAGAUGCCUCACCUACAGCAGCUGGCCUGCGACUGCUACGCGCUCCUGCCCUCUCUGGGGGCCGGCUUCGCCCAGGGGCUCAAGCACACGGAAUGCUGGGAGCAGCAAGUCCACUGCCUGCUGGCCACGCUGCACGGCCUGCUGGGAACGCUCUACGAGGGCGCUGAGACAGAGCCUCUCCAUUACGAGGGACCUGGGGUGGAGAUCCCCCUGCCGGCGCCAGAGGAGGGGCAAACGGGCUUCCUGCUCCACCUGAAGCUGCGCUUCGCAGGCCUGGCCAAAUGCCUGUGCAGGAUGCUGAGCAACGAGUUCCCGGCGCCUGUGACGGUCCCUGUUCAAGACAUCUUGGACCUCGUGUGUCGCAGCCUUAACAUCUCCACCAAAAACAUUGGUUGGUUUGGCGACGGCCCGCUGCGGCUGCUGUUCCUGCCUUCCAUCCACCUGGAGAUCUUGGACUUGCUUUCUGCCCUCAUCUUGGCGUGUGGCCCUCGGCUGGUGCGGUUUGGUGGAAUCCUGAGUCGCCUGUUCCCACAGGUCCUGACCACCUGGAGUGCUGGACGGGAGCUGCUCCUUCCUGGACAGGAGCGCCCGUACAGUGCGGUGCGGACUCGACUGUACCAGGUCCUGGAUCUCUGGGUCCAGGUGGCUGGAGCAUCCUCCGGUGUCCUGCAGGGGCACAGACAGCACAGCGAGGCCCUCCUGGGCCACUUGAUGGCUGACAUCAGCCCCCCGACCGAGACGCUCAAGUUGCGCGAGGGCAGCCCUGGAUCUGACGGGAAGCCCAGCGCCCCCAAGAGACCCCGCCUGUCCGAUCUGGGGGGCUCUGGGCCCUCUGUGCACCGCAAGCACGACCCCCGGGCGAACAGCGAUGUCUGCCUGGCAGCUCUGCAAGGCCUGAGCCGUGCUGUCCUGCUCAGCGGGAAUCUUCUGAAAGAACCAGUCCACAAGAGGCUGCAAGAGCUGGUGAUCCCGCUGCUGAUCCGCCUGAGCCAGGCCGAGCCUCUGCCCGGAUCCCCGUACGCAAGUGCCGGCUGCCGGCAGGAGCUCUACCGCCUGCUCUUGGCCUUGGUGCUGGCCCCGGCCCCCUCCUGCCCGCCCCCUCUGCAUUGUGCCCUCCGGCUGCUGAGCCAGGGUCGUACAGAUGCCAACCUUCAGGUGGCCUCCUUCUGCGCGGAGGCGAUGGUGGUGUGCAACUCCCUUGUGCAUCCCCGAGCGCCGUCCUUGCAGCUUCCCCUGGCGGGGUCUUCUGGCCCACCCCCCGGCUCCUCUGAGCUCUCGCCUGCCACAGCGUCCCCCUUUCGCCCCACCCCCCCUCUGCCUUUCCCCACAGCUCGGCUCCCCCCUCCCGUCUCCCCGUCUGCACCCCCCUCGGCGGCCCCCUCUGCCAACCCCCUAGGGCUGCCGAUGCCCAGCCUCAGUUUGGGGCAGCUGCCCCCCCGCCUGACCCCCGAGGAGCCCUCGCUCCCGGCGUCUCCCGGCACGGCGGAAGCAGCGGCCUUGGCGGCCGGAGCCAAGAUGCGGCGCCCGAUCUUCAUCCACUACGACAAAGAGGAAGAGGAGGAUGUGGAGCUCUCCCUGGAGAGCGAUUCUGACGACAGCGUGGUCAUCGUGCCCAAGGGGCAGCUGGGGAAGCUGGUCAACCACACGAGCGUGAUGGCAGCGCCGCCGGUGGUCGCAGUGCCCUCCCCCGCCCCUCCGGCUCCCCCGCCCUUGCCCCCAGCGGCCCCUCCCGCCUUGCCAGCCUCUCCCCCACCAGCCUUGGAGGAGGCCCUGGCGGAGCCGGCUGUCCCACUUCCUCUGGGCCCCCUGCCUCCUCCUCCUCCCCCCUUGGCGGCUCCCCUGGUGCUGCCGCCUUCCCCGGCCCCCCUGGCGAGCGAUGCUUCACGGGCUGCCCUGCUAGAGGAGGGCCCUCCCACCGUCAUCAACAUCAACAGCAGCGAGGAGGAGGACGAUGAGGAAGAUUUCCCCGAGGGUGAAGAGUUCUUUGAUGAGGAGGAGGAGGAGGAAGAGGAAGAAGAGUUUGACGAGGAGGAGGAAGAAUUCGAAGGGGAGCUGGAUGAGGAGGAGCUGGAGGAGCUGGAAGAGGAGGAGGACGAGGACGAAGAAGAAGACUUUGAGGAGGACGAAGAGGAAGUGAUGACAGAGGAAGAGGAGGAGGAAGGACUGUCGGAAGAGGAGGAGGAGGAGGAGGACGAGGGGCUUCUGCCCACUAUGCCUCCCCGGACUGAUGAGCAGCCCCCUGAGCUGCUGCCUGGGAAGGAGGAGCCCCCCGAGCAGGUGGGGGAGGAAGAGGAAGGGGCGGGGCUGCUCAUGGAGGUCGAUGAGGAGGCCUUCCACCCCCCCGAGGAGGCGCUCCUGAGGAUGAAAGCAGAGGAGCCCCCCUCGCCCCCUGCCGAAGCUCUGCCUGGUGCCCCGGCACCCCCGCUGCCCCCCCUGCAGGAGGCCCCCUCUCCGCGGCAGCCUGCGCUUGACGAGCAGGAGGAGAAGGCCUGUGUGGAGCAGGAAGCCCCCCCGGAUGGCGUGGCCCCAUCAGCCCCCUCUCCAAGGGAAUCGGUGCCGGUGGAGGAAGAGGAGGUGGCGGCAGAAGAGAGCCAUCCUUCGGAGGCAGGGGAGGGGUCCUCGGAGGCAUCAGGCACCCUGCGAGGGGAGCCGGAGAAGGUCCCAGCAGAGGAGGAGGUGGUGGAGGUGAAGGAGGAGGCAGCGUCCGAUGAGACAGACGCCAUGUUGGCUGACUUUGUGGACUGCCCGCCGGAUGAGGAGAAGGUGCCCGUGGAGCCUGGUUCCUGACCGUGAGAAGAGGAGCAGCAGAAUCACGGGGGUGGGGGAGGUGGGGAGAGGUUGUUUUGUGUUUUGUUUGUUUGUUGAAAAGGUCAAUAAACCUCUUGGAUUUUG